AUGACCCCUGCUAUCCUUCUGGCCUGCGCCAUGGUCCUGGGAGCCCCAGCCCUUGCAGGGACCCUGCAAGGCAGGAUCGUGGGGGGCCAUGAGGCGGCGCCUCACUCGCAGCCCUCCAUGGCAUCCUUGCAGCUGGGCGAGGAGCACCUCUGUGGGGCCAUCCUGCUGCAUCCGCGCUGGGUGCUGACCGCUGCCCACUGUGAGGUGACCAGGAACCUCAGCACCUUCCGGGUGGUCCUCGGGGCCCACAACCUGCACGCAGCGGAGCCCACCCAGCAGGUCUUCCGCAUCACCCGGGUUGUGCCCUACCCCCUCUAUGAUGCCCAGCUGGACAUCCACGACCUGCAGCUCCUCAAGCUCCACGCCCCGGCCCGCCUCACCCUCUCUGUCCUCCCCACGCCAUUGCCCCACCGGAACCUCGUGCUGCGCCCAGGGUCGCGAUGCCAGGUGAUGGGCUGGGGCGACACCACGGGCCACGACGAUCCCCCUGUGGCACUGAUGGAGGCCGCCGUGGUCGUCCAGGCCCUGGACACCUGCAAUGCAUCCUGGGGUGGCGCCCUGACACGAGACAUGCUCUGUGCCUCCGCAGGCUCCCGGGAGCAGCGUGGCGUGUGCGGGGGUGACUCUGGCGGCCCCCUCUUCUGCCGGGGCCGGCUGCAGGGCCUGGUGUCCUUCUCCUUCAUGCUGUGUGGGGACUCCCGCUUUCCAGAUGUCUACACCCGCAUCUCCACCUAUGUGUCUUGGGUCAGGGACGUGCUGCAGCAUUACUGA